UUUGAAAUGCUAGUAUUGACAGUCACUAACGUUCACAUGGACAUGAAACUUUCCCUAAACGUGACAACAUUUAAACCAAACUGCACUCUUCUCCCUACAUAUCCCGCGCCUUUCAACCCAUUUUCUGCAUUCCCCAACUCUCACUCUCGCUCUCUUCACUCAGCUUUACUCCUAAACCCCAUGGAAAAUUGCAGGAAAUCUCCAUUGAAGCCAUGGAAGAAAGGCCCAACAAGAGGCAAAGGUGGCCCUCAAAACGCCAUGUGUGAGUACCGAGGCGUUCGCCAAAGAACUUGGGGGAAAUGGGUGGCAGAAAUCAGGGAACCCAAGAGGAGAACAAGGCUUUGGUUGGGUUCUUUUGCUACUGCUGAUGAAGCUGCCAUGGCCUAUGAUGAGGCUGCUAGGAGAUUGUAUGGACCAGAUGCUUAUCUUAAUCUACCUCAUCUUCAACCUAGCUCCAUUAAUCCUGUAAUUAACAACAAAUCACAGAAGUUCAAAUGGAUUCCUUCCAAGAACUUCAUUUCCAUGUUUCCCUCUUGUGGAUUGCUUAAUAUACAUGCGCAGCCUAGUGUUCAUGUCAUUCAUCAGAGGCUCCAAGAACUCAAGAAAAAUGGAGUUCUUGGUCAAUCCUCUAAAGUUUCUAGUUCAUCCUCCUCUGAUUCAAGAAAUGAAGCAAACAGUAUAAUCGACAAAACUCACGUAGAAAAUCCUCCAGUAAUGGAGAAUGAUUUGGAAAUAACAUCAGAAGAGAUGCUGAGAUGCCAUGAUGAGGAGAAACCACAGAUUGAUUUAAAUGAGUUCCUUCAGCAGCUGGGCAUACUAAAAGUAGACAGGCAACCGGAAAACAAUGAUUCCACAGAAAGUUUUAUGGAGAAAGAACCUUCAUUAAAAGAUUAUGAUGAGGAGAAUAAUCUUGCAGCCCUGGCAGACAAUAGUUUCAAUUGGGAUUCGCUGAUUGAGAUGCAUGGAAUUGCUGAUCAUCAAGCAGCAGAAUCAGCCAGUUUCCAAGUUUAUGAUGUCCAAGAAGACGUGGCUUUCCCAACUUCCAUUUGGAACUUCUAGCCAGCUAAGAAGAAUCAACAGAUUUUGGUAGAGUGAGAGAUAUACCCUCACUGGAUAUCUUGGAAAUAGAGGAUUGCUUCUUUCAUCAUACCAAGUUUUUCAUGCUAGAGUCUAGAAAUUAGUGGCAUAGAUUCAUGCUAGAGUCUAGAAAGCAUAUUAUAACUUUGACCAUGAGAGCUAGAGAGAGCCUGCUGUAGUAGUUUUAGCGGUUGAGUUGGAUUGGAGAAAGGGAAUUCACUUGAUGCAGCUGUAGUAGCAUUUGUCCAGUUCUUUUGGCCUAUGGUUGAUGUGAACUUACCAGAUGCUUGUAAUUUGAUUUGCUCACAUUAACAAAACAGGACCCCUUUUUGUUUC